AUGGAACAAUUCACGUCUCCAAACUUCUUCGAUUUGGACUUGGAACAAUUGCUUACUGGAGACGAUCUUUUACAUGAUUCACAAGCUAUUGGAAUAAUGAAGGUCGAUAUAUUUGAGGCAAGAAAUCUAACAAAAGUUGAUGUGUCUGGCGAUAAUGAUCCAUAUGUAAUAUCAUCUUUGGACCCUUCGCCUUACAUGCACACGCAUUCUAAUACACGAGUAGUUGAGAACUGCGCAAAUCCAGUGUGGAGCGAAACAUCCUUCCAUAAAAUACCAGAACUCGAUAUUGUAGAUGAACAUAUCAAAUUCAAGCUUUGCGUUAUGGACUGGGAUAGAUUCACAACUGAUGAUCAUAUUGGGUCAAUAUGGAUUGAUAUUAAAGACGCAAUUGGCAAUGGAAAAGAUGAGACAUUAAUUCAUGAAGGGUAUGCUAUGAAUUUGCAGAUAACAACUGCGCCAUAUUUUGAAGAAUCGGGAAUAACAAUGUCAGAUAAUUAUUAUAACACGUCCUAUCCUAACCCAUAUGCUGUUGUUUAUCUUAAUGACAGUCGAGUAUUUCGUACGAGAGCAAAAUUAAACAAUGUUGCUCCAUUCUGGAAUGCGUCAACGGAACAAUUCGUAAAAGAUUGGAAAACUGCAAUAGUAAGAGUAGUAAUUAAGGACCAAAAAGAUCUCGAGUAUGAUCCAGUCAUUGGAAUGGUCACAUUACCUUUGAAAGAAUUAUUUGAGCAAAAAGAAAAGGUAAACGUUAAUAUGUCAAUUAAUUAG